GUAAUAUGCGUUCAUCCUUAGCCUAUAUCUUACUCGCCGCAUCGAAAAACAGGAAUGCUAUUAAGAUGCACAAGGGAGCUGUAUUGGCUUUCUACUAGAUAACUUGAUUGUGAGGUCUUCAUCUUUGUUCUUUGUAGACAACAUCUUCACCAUUUCCUUUUGCCUCAUCAUCUGUAUCCUGUUACGUUUCACUGCAAAAGCUCAUAGCUACGGCACAUUGGGCUGAAUAUUCAAUGUUGGUGUGAUAGUCAUCCAGUUGAGUCGCUCGUACUGUAGAUAGACUCACCCUUCUUUACAUUCUCUAAAAGGCAGAACCGCAGCUUUCGUCGUUAUGGAUAACGCCCGUACUGGACCUCAAGAGAUGGAAGCGCUAGAUCUAGGAGAAUCCUACUUUGGCCCACCGCCAUCGCAGUCUCAGCUACAUGAGCCGAGGAAGGGCCUCGUCCUACAGGCCCCUAAUAGCAGGGACGUUUCUCACUUGAUCCAGAAGGUGCCGUUUGUGCAAAGAGCAAAUCCUACCAUCCAUGAAUACCACCCAAGGUUCCAAUUUAUGUUGCGAUACUUCUUCAGUCUGCUUGAAUCCACCAUGCUCACCCUUCAGGAAAUUCUUGAGAGGACAUUCGAACCUCACGAGAUCCGCCUCCUUGAGCCGGCAACAGCCCCAUCGCCGCUGGCUAAAUUGCAGAGGGACAACAGUAUUCGUUAUCAACGAAUCCUAGAAACUCGCUUCAAAGGCCAAAGGCAGUCACUACAGCUAAAGCUUGCUAUUCUAUAUUUCGGACUACCCGUUGCACCUAUUCAUCCCGGCUUUCCUCAACUAAAUUUACUAAGGGAUCUUGACUUCGGAGAGGACAAGCUUACUAAGAUCACCGACCCCCUCGAGUUUCUGGAUGACUAUUCCGAAAAGAAGUACGGCGAGCCUGGAAAUCGUGUCAAGGACCCUUAUUUCCCUCAGCUCUGUCAGACACAGGAAUUCCCAUCUAUGAGUCUUCGUGGUGGUGCUUCUCCCGCCGUUAUACAGGAAGAAGAUGACGCGCUUCAACCGCCAGCAAAUAGAGAGAUGCGAGUUUAUGGAUACCAGGGAUCAAUCUUGGCUGACGAAGAAAAGCUUCUAUACCCACGUUUCGUUGAGGCGGUAGAUCAAAUCCUAGGAGUUACCUCCGAAAUUAACUACAACAUCUGCCUCCAAAUCUGGGAUCUAAGCGAUAUUUACAAUACACGUGUUGUUGAGGAAGCUAAAGGCUUCAUCCGACACACAGACGCGCAUUUGCUCCAGAACGAUGACCUGUAUACAUUACUUGUACGCUGGUUCGCUGAUAACAACGGAGACGGACAAUACAGUUGUUUUGUGUACUUCGAUAAGGAGGAGCCCCCCGAGGCCUGCCAGCCAUUCUACGAGGUAGAUAGAUAUCUAGUUCGCUUGUGGGAUGCCAGUAAUGCAAGGAUGGCAUAUAUGAAGGUUCCGGACACCCUCCAACCAACCCACAAACCGAGCCAUUUCCACGCCGAAUAUUUGCGUGCUAUGCGGCUGCUUUCACCUGAAUUGCCACACGGCUACCUCCAAUUUAGUGACGCCGGGCCAAUUACGUUUGGGUUGUUUGACCCUCCUCCUGAGGUCUGGACCCAGAUAAUCAACGAUCAGUCUACUGGUGGCGAACUAGCUACGUUGAGUUUUUCUGUAUCCCCUAUACCUGAUGACCAGGUUGCCGUCUGGGUACCUGGUUGCCACACCUAUAAGAACGAGUUUACGCCCGAGAAAGCAGAGUCGUUGCCUCAAACGUCAGGGACCAUUCCUAAGGAUUACCUCAAUCUUUCCGAGACAGAUAAUGACCGCCUUGGUAUUGAAAGGAUACUUGAUGACGUCCUUUUAAGUAAUCCGUCGCUGAGGGAAAACAAGGAUUUCGCUGGUCUUGAUCUCUGGGUUCCAGGGGAAGGUUACUUGGACACCAGAACCGAAUCUCGCCAAGUGCUAUUUAGAAACGGAAAGAUCACAGUACAGGCGCUCCUUGACUGGUGGGAUAUCUUGAAAGGAUUACGAAAGUCGAAGAUCCACAGUACAGAGAACAAGUCGACUAUUGUAGCUCGUCCUACCUUUAGCAAUUAUAGAUUCCACUCUGGACAGGGCGUAAUGGAGAUGGAGAAACUCGAUGGCGAAGAGAACUUCAGACGUUUCAUUGAAGCUAUCAAGGCCGAAUUCUAUCGCGGACAUCCAUAUACCAAGGGGGGUCAAGUCGUACACAUGACUCAGACAACUUGGGGGUUGAACACGACAGACUUUGUCAUUACACCCGAUACAGACGAGGAUGGAUGGAACUGGAUCAUAAGACGAAUCACCGAACCGGACAUUACGUUGUCCCUUGAAAGUUGGGACUGUGACUGGCCCGUGAAGAAGGAAACUACAUGGGGACCACGUUACGAUGGGAAAGGGCCAGAUAGUCAGCUUUCGUCACGAAUCGAGGUACCCUGGAUAAAGAACCCGCAUGAUAAACACAUGGAUGCGAUCUUCAAGGAUUCUGUUAACAACCAAAAGAGUGCCGCCAGGGCCGAGGAACUGCGAAAAAGGCUAUUUUGGGAUACCCCGAGUAUCUUCACCAACCCAGUUAAACCUGCAAUCCCAAUCCAUGGUGCCCCCAUCGAAAAUGUCGUCAGGACCGGCCCUCAUGUGCCGGGGUACACUACUGCGAUGCGGACUCCCGGUGAGAUGGCGCGACUCCAGAGAGAAACUCAUAGGUUACGAGGAAAUCUGCUGGAUAGGAUUAGAGAGUGUCCUUAUAACGAGUGCCAGAGAUACUUCCCGUUCAGGGACCGCGAGGGUCUUGCUCGUCACUUGAAAGAAGAUCACAAGACUUUGUCGUGCUUCCUGUGUAACAAAGACAGCCACCUCCUCCCGUACUAUGACCAGACUUCACUCAGGCGGCAUUUCCUCGAUGUACAUCAACAGGAUAUACAGGAUGAAAUCGGUCACACUAUAGCUAAGGACUCUGUUGUCCCCGCCCCCGCCCCUGCCCCUGUAAUCGCCGACCCCAGGAGUUCUCAAUCUACCGAACCUACAGCUGCCAAUUCCGGGAGUUCUCCAGAUCCCGCGACUUCUCCAAUUACCAAACCACCUGGCCAAUCUAGUCCUGAUGCUCAGGAUACCAGCCCUGAUCACCAUGGCCGCCCCGGUCGCUGGGAUCGCCAGAACAGCCGAGUCAGGGUGAGACAAGAUGACAAAAGAACUGUUGUGACCACAACCGACCCUACAAUACGCAAGUCGCCAAUACGCUGGAAAGAAGCGAAACCCGGGGACGCAAUCCCACCUCGUCGACAACCAUCUCCUGAUUGGGAUAUCCUACUCGAGCGGGAGGCAAAGGAUCCCCUUUCAUUCCAGCCAGACCCAGAUUGGAGAUGUUCUCGAUGUUUAAGACCAGCAGGAUCUGAUAUAAUCCAAGCCGAGUGGCAUAUGAGCAAGAACGGAUCUUGCAAGAUUCGUCGCGGCCUAGGCAGUGUGGAGGUCAAUGUGUUGCCCAAUCGUAGCGGCUGGAUUAUUCCGAAGAUUAAUAUCAACUUUAGUAAGGCGUUCCACGACUUCGUGAAAAGAUAUCCCGCGUAUAGGAAGACCAUGUUCCCGGUGCGUGAUAAGAGUGUCGAGCAGGUCUAUGACCGUCCCUACGAACUGGGUCCCGAACUCGGGUCCACCAAAGAUGAUCCGAACGCCCCGGCGAACAUCGAACAUACUCGGGCCCUAGAUUUACCGUGGCCGCCGUACGAGGGCACUACGAUACCGUUAAACAAGCCAGAAAUUCAAAGAGAAGGGGAAGAUGAAUUGAACCUCCAAGUAUCCGCUCUCGGUAGUCAAACCACUGGACUGAUAAACCUUGGUGAUCUUUUAGAGGGCGGGGACGCGCUCUUCCCUCCUAGAAAAAGGAGUAAGGUCGUUGAUCCCGCCGAUCUCGAGGACCCGUUUUACAGACCUCCGAAGACUGCCGAACCUGAACCGAGCCUGAGCCUGGAGACGCCUGGUUACGAGUCCGUAACAGAUCUUUCUUCGGUCACCGACGAGCUAUCAAUUCAGUCGACCGACACGGAAAUCAUGUACCUCGUCCGCCCGAAGACCAAGCAGCCAUCCGUAAGCGGCGAGGAGUCGCCAGCCGACGCCGACACUGACAUUUCGCAGCCCAUCUCUGAGAACACCCCGGCUUCACAGACCGACCUGAUAACCAGCGACGAGACCAGCACAGGCACAGAGACAGAGUACCUCCCAACCGUGACGGAAGACUCGGUCUCGGUAAACGACAACCCGCGCAAGCGGAGACGAGCCGGAGAAAUAGAUCCCACGUACAACCUGCAACUCGCUGGUGACGACGACAACAUAUCAGAGGAAUUCUCCGAGGUAAGCGCCGUGCCGGACCCGGUACAAAACCUGGAACCGGACGCUCCCCGCACGCCCAAGAAGUCGAAGACGGGACGCGGCCGCCCUAGAACCGGCAAGAAACCCGUGCAGCCCCGAAGUAGCGGCAAGAAGCCGACGGGAUUUGGGAGGUCGGUUGCGCAGGGCGGUCCGUUCGUGUCGUUGCCUCCGGACUGGAAAGCCGCGGAAUAGAUAGUCUUGAGAACGCGUCCCGGUUCCUAGUCGUCUAUGUUUUCGGACUUCCGUAGGUCUUCCGCUGGGCAGGAAGAGUAUGGGUCGGUACCUAGGAGUGGUAUGGGGCUGAUUUAAAAGGUUAGGUGUCUCAUUACAUAUUGCGGAGUAAAGAGAGGGUGGGAUAGAUAGAGAAACUUGAAUGGAGAGAUAUACUUGAAUUAGUGUAGCAAUGAUAGGUGCCGAGGUGAGAAGGGGAAGGGGAUGAGAGUGCGCUGUCGA